AUGCUGCGAUGUGACAGAGAGGCGCUGAAGGAGAAGCUCAGGUUCCAGGCCGCUGAGGAGAUCCCCGAGGAGGAGAAGCCUUUUGAACAGCUUCUGCGGGAGCUCGGCCGCUCCAAGGGCUGUCGAAGGACGAUCACGAUGACGGAGCGGAAGAAGAACGUCGGCGCCGCGCUGGCUGGCGACAAGCUCUUCGUGCAGAACCUGCUGAAUGAGGGCCGGGAGGGCGCCGAAGAGCAGCGGGCGCGGGAGCACGCCGUGGACUACCACUGGCCCAUGUCCCAGGGUGGGUAA